GAAGAGAUCAAACGCCCAUGCUGUUGGACUUGUGAUCUACCCAUCCAGUUUACUUUGCAGAAGUUGCUCAUGGGCGGAGCAUCUGGCAAUCCUGAUUUCCUAAACUGACUUUCAACUUCCCUUUGGGGCGAGCCUUUCCCUGCCGUGACCUCAGCUCAUAGCAGAGAGGAACUGGAUGGUACAGCACACACUUCUCUUCGAGUCAGUUGGUCCCAGAAAGAUCCAAACUAUGAGACUGUCAGCAAGAAUUAUUUGGCUUAUAUUAUGGACUGUUUGUGUAGCAGAAGAUUGUAAAGGUCCUCCUCCAAGAGAAAAUUCAGAAAUUCUCUCAGGUUUGUGGUCGGAAGAACUAUAUCCAGAAGGCACCCCGGCUACCUACAAAUGCCGCCCUGGAUACCGAACACUCGGUACUAUUGUGAAAGUAUGCAGGAAUGGAGAAUGGGUGGCUUCUAACCCAUCCAGGAAAUGUCGGAAAAAGCCAUGUGGGCAUCCCGGAGACACUCCCUUUGGGUCGUUUAGGCUGGCAGUUGGAUCUGAAUUUGAGUUUGGUGCAAAGGUUGUUUAUACCUGUAAUGAGGGGUAUCAACUCUUAGGUGAAAUUGAUUACCGUGAAUGUGAUGCAGAUGGGUGGACCAAUGAUAUUCCAAUAUGUGAAGUUGUGAAGUGCUUACCUGUGACAGAACUGGAGAAUGGAAGGAUUGUGAGUGGUGCAGCAGAACCAGACCAGGAAUACUAUUUUGGACAGGUGGUGCGCUUUGAAUGCAAUUCUGGCUUCAAGAUUGAAGGACAGAAGGAAAUGCACUGCUCAGAAAAUGGCCUUUGGAGCAAUGAAAAGCCACGGUGUGUAGACUCAACAGAGAAAUGUGGGCCUCCUCCACCUAUUGACAACGGAGACAUCACCUCCUUGUCGUUACCAGAAUAUGAACCAUUAUCAUCAGUUGAAUAUCAGUGCCAGAACUAUUAUCUACUUAAAGGAGACAAGAUGAUAACAUGUAGAAAUGGAAAGUGGUCUGAACCACCAACCUGUUUAAAAAAGACAUGCACACCUCCUUAUAUUCGAAAUGGUAUCUACUUACCUACCAAGAGUAAACACGAAAUUGGUGAGAGAAUCAUAUAUCAAUGUAAAGAUGGCUUCUAUCCUGUAACCUUGAAAGGUAUUACGAUGUGUACAAUGGCUGGCUGGAUCCCUGCUCCAAUAUGUACAUUGAAACCUUGUAAUAUCUCACAAAUCAAAAAUGGACAUCUAUAUAGAGAAGAAAUAUACAGACUCUAUUUGCCAGUCUCUACAGAAAAGAAGUUCCGCUAUUACUGCAACAGCGGAUUUGUGACUCCUUCAGGGUCACACUCAGACUACCUCCGCUGCACAAUACAAGGGUGGGAGCCUGCAGUCCCCUGCCUCAAGGAAUGUGUUUUUCAUUAUGUGAAAAAUGGGUAUUCUUCAUGCUUGGAAAGAAAGUAUGUACAAGAUCAGUCUGUCAAAGUCAACUGUUACAAAGGCUUCAAUCUUCCAAAUGGUCAGGACACAAUUACAUGUACAGAGAGUGGCUGGACACCUCAACCCAUAUGCAUCCCUGCUGAGAUAUGCUCAAAGUCAGAUAUAGAAAUUGAUAAUGGAUUUUUUUCUGAAACUGAUUUAACAUAUGCUGUAAAUAGAAAAACACAAUAUAGAUGUAAACAGGGAUAUAUAACAGCAAGUGGUGAAACAUCAGGAUCAAUCACUUGCCUGCAGAAUGGAUGGUCAUCUCAACCCUCAUGCAUUAAGUCUUGUGAUAUGCCUGUGCUUGAGAAUGCUAAAUCUAAAAAUAAUAACACAUGGUUUAAGCUCAAUGACAAAUUAGAUUAUGAAUGUCAUGUUGGAUAUGAAAACAAAUAUAACCAAACCAAAGGCUCCAUAACUUGUACUUAUGAUGGAUGGUCUGAUAAACCUUCAUGUUAUGAAAUAGAAUGCAGCAUUCCCUUAUUAGACCCACACUUAGUUGUUUAUCCCAAGAAACAAAAAUAUGCAGUUGGAGAAUUGUUAAAAUUCUCUUGCCGACGAGGACACAGAGUUGGACCAGAUUCAGUGCAAUGCUACCACUUUGGAUGGUCACCUAGUUUCCCUACAUGUAAAGGUCAAGUAAGAUCCUGUGAUCAAUAUCCUGAACUACUCAAUGGGAAUAUUAAGGGAACAAAGAAAGAUGAAUACCGCCAUGGUGAUGUGGUAGAAUAUGAUUGCAAGCCUAGAUUUCUACUAAAGGGACCCAAUAAAAUCCAAUGUGUUGAUGGAAAGUGGACCACUUUGCCAAUAUGUGUUGAGGAGCAAAAAACAUGUGGAGACAUUCCUGAACUUGAGCAUAGCUCUGUCAAGUUUUCUGUUCCUCCCUACCACCAUGGAGAUUCAGUGGAGUUCACCUGUGCAGAAACCUUCACAAUGAUUGGACAUGGGUCUGUUUCUUGCAUUAGUGGGAGGUGGACCCAGCUUCCUCAAUGUGUUGCAACAGAUCAACUUGAGAAGUGUAAAGCACCAGGACUAGCUGUGGUAGUGGCAAAUAAACCUGAGAAUGGUGAAUUUAAUCAUAACUCUAGCAUCAGUUACAAAUGUAGAGGGAAGCAGAAGUAUGGAUAUUCCAUCUGCAUUAAUGGAAUAUGGGAUCCUGCACCAACCUGUACAAAGAAAGCAUCCUGCCCUCCUCCACCACAGAUUCCAAAUGCCCAAGUGAUUGAAACUACAGUGACAUAUUUGGAUGGAGAAAAAAUAUCUGUUCUCUGCAGAGACAAUUAUCUAACUCAGGACCCAGAAGAAAUGGUGUGCAAAGAUGGAAGGUGGCAGUCAUUACCACGCUGCAUUGCAAAAAUUCCAUGUUCUCAGCCCCCUAAAAUUGAACAUGGAUCUAUUAAAUUACCCAGAUCAUCAGAAGAAAGGAGAGAUGCAAUUGAGUCCAGCAGUCAUGAACACGGAACUACAUUCAGCUAUGCCUGUGAUGAUGGCUUCAGGAUAUCUGAAGAGAAUGGGGUAACCUGCCACAUGGGAAAAUGGAGCUCUCCACCUCGUUGUGUUGGAAUUCCUUGUGGACCUCCACCUUCAAUUCCUCUUGGCAUUGUUUCUCAUGAACUAGAGAGUUACCGAUAUGGAGAAGAGGUUACAUACAAUUGUUCAGAAGGCUUUGGAAUUGAUGGGCCAGCAUUUGUUAAAUGUGUAGGAGGAAAGUGGUCUGAACCACCAAAAUGCAUAAAAACCGAUUGUGACUUUUUACCCACAUUUGAAACUGCCAUCCGACAGAAAAGAAAAAAAUCAUAUAGGUCAGGAGAACAAGUGAUAUUCAAAUGUCCACCUCCUUAUCAAAUUGAUGGCUCUGACUUUGUGACAUGUGUUAAUAGCAAGUGGAUUGGACAGCCGGUAUGCAAAGAUAAUUCCUGUGUAAAUCCUCCAUAUGUGGCAAAUGUUAUUAGAGUAACAAGGCCCAUAGCUAAAUAUCCAUCUGGUGACAGACUACUUUAUGAGUGUAAUAAACUUUUUGAUCUAUUUGGGGAAGUUGAAGUGAGGCAAAAUGGGAUUUAGACAGAACAACUGAAAUGCAAAGACUCAACAGGGAAAUGCGGGCCUCCUCCACCUAUUGACAAUGGAGACAUCACUUCCUUGCCAUUACCAGAAUAUGCACCAUUAUCAUCAGUUGAAUAUCAGUGCCAGAACUAUUAUCUACUUAAGGGAAAGAAGACAAUAACAUGUACAAAUGGAAUGUGGUCUGAGCCACCAACCUGUUUACAUGCAUGUAUAGUCCCUGAAGACACUAUGGAAAAACACAAAAUAAUUCUCAAAUGGAGAACAACUGAAAAGGUUUAUUUCCAAACAGGGGAGGAUAUUGAAUUUGCUUGUAAGCCUAGAUAUAGAAGAGUAAGAAGAUCACGGCCAUUUCGUACAAAGUGCAUUAAUGGUCACAUUGAUUAUCCCACUUGUGUGUAA